UUCAUUUUCAAAAUCAGUAUAGAAACGAACGGCGCGCUGCUAACACGUUCAACGGGGUCGAGCUAGCUCAUAAAGUUGGUGCCUCCUCAAAAAAAAAAUAAAUUUUUGUAAACUCGUUCUUGUUUCAACUUUUUUUCGUCGUAUAUUACUUUGCGAGCAAUUUACACGACGAGUGAGAAGAGAGGCAGUGUGGAGAUUACAGAAAGAGAGCAAAUUUUCUGCUCAAAGACUGAAAAGAUUGAAACUUGGAAAAUUUCAGUGUUUCGACAUUUUGCCACAAGAUCUCGAUUGCAGAAAAACAUAAGUCACGCUAUUUUUUUUUAAAUUGUAAAAAAAUAUAUAAAUAAAAAGAAAGAGAAGAAGAAGAAAAAAAGCAAAAAUCUUUUUCUCAAUGCAAAAAGAGUUUUUAAUCAAAAAUCAGCUUCAAUGUAAAUGCAGAAAAAUCACAAGCUUUUUCCACGAAUCUGGCGGAAAAGACAGAGAGAGAAAAAGCAAAGAAAUCGAGCUGAAAUAAAUGAUCAAAAGUGAUAAUCUAAUACAAAAAUUUGGAGAAUUUUCUUUUGAGAGAACGACCACUGCGAAGGAGAAAAAAAUUGUGCUUUCUAUCUCUUGUAGUCUGAAGAGUGGUACAAAAAUAACGAAAAAAAAACUAAAUGCUAAAAUCUUAAAUUAUUAUUUAAAAAUCGUGAAGAAAGUGAAAGAUUUAUGUAAUAUUUAAUUAAAUUAAAGUUUAAAUUAUUGCAUCUGUAAAAAAAGGAAAAUAACAAGAUAACCUAACAGUGAUUUUGCCGAUCUCGUAACUGAAGCAACAAGAAAGCUUUUUUUUUAACAAUCUACACCUAAUUAAGCGAAGGAGAAGAAAAAAUUAAGUGUUUUUUUUGCAAUUCAAGAGAAGAAAAGUUCGUGAAUGUGUUUGUGUAUCUGAAGUCAUUUGGAGUUUUUUUUUGUGUUGAGGACGAAGAACGAGAAAAAUUCCAAGAAAAAAGAUCUUUUCUGGUCGAAAAGAGGAGGUAGUCCCAGGUAGAUCAGCAUUUGACAGAAGGAAUUGAAAAUUGAUAAAGAUGUCUACAGCCAUAAUGCAUCAAACGGCAUACUAUGACUUUGGUGAUUUGCUUCUCAAGAGUCAGAAUCAGACACGGUCGAAUGGGAAUGUUGUGAGUGGGGGUGGUAUUCAAACCAUUGCAAGUGCCACCAACAAUAAUGUGAUCGGUGCCACAAAUGGCAACAGCAAAAGUUACAGUGUGUCCCUAUCUGGGCACAAUGGAGCACCACCGCAACACUCCCUUCUGCAACAGCAACUGAUUGUUGCGGCAGCGCAACAGCAUCAGCAGCAGCACAACCACAAGAUGAUCCUCCAUAGUGCCCUGCAGAGGGCAGUUAGUCAUCCCCAUGGAGCCGGUGGAGCCACCAAUGGUGCCAAUGUUGCCACCUUUGUCAACACCAUCAUUGAAAAUCUGGGCGGUCACCGGAAACUCGAGAGGACGCAAUCGGAGCCACUACCUCAAGUCAAUACUUCUAGAUACAAGACUGAACUCUGUCGACCAUUCGAGGAGGCGGGCGAGUGUAAAUACGGUGAUAAGUGCCAAUUUGCUCAUGGGAUGUAUGAAUUGAGAAAUCUGCAGCGCCAUCCCAAGUACAAGACGGAACUCUGUCGAACGUUCCACAGUGUGGGCUAUUGUCCAUAUGGACCGCGAUGUCACUUUGUGCACAAUGCCGAGGAGGCGCGUCUUGGUAUGCAGAAUCAGCAGAAUGCAGCCGCAGCGGCUCAGCAACAGCAACAACAGCAGCAGCAGCAGCAGCAGCAGCAGCAACAGCGUCUCGUUUUGCUGAACAGAGGUGCAGCGAUGGCAGCAGCGGCGGCUGCUGGACAGUUGGGUGGUGCUCUGCCCCUAAGUCCGGCCCUCAGCAUGUCCACGGGUAGUGAUCGUGCCAGUCCCACUGGAUCUCUGUCACCCACAAACAGUGUCCCGAGUUUCUUUGGGGCUGGUGAGGUGACAACCUCGCCGGCAGUCGAUGGUGCUCUGAUGGCUCAUGCUAUCUUCCCACCAGGCGGCUUUAUGGCUCCACCACCACCCCAACCGCCAUCCCUAAGUCCGCCCCAGAGUCCGCGUGAAUUGAGCCCAGUGGCUACUCCACCGCCUACUGAGAUGGAAACGCGUCUUCCUGUGUUCAAUCGUCUCAGUUCUACCAUUGAUUCCCUCAACAAUCUCGCCAUCUAAAGAAGGGUGGAUUUGGAACAGGAGGAGAUACCAUGAGCAGCAGCGCCAACAAAGCCAGGCAAGUUAUCUCAGUCAAAAGUGAUUUUAUUUUCGCAAAAAAAAAAAAAAAACAAAAAACAAACAUUCAAUCCUCCGAUAACACGUGAAAAAAAAUAUUGAGAAAAUUACUAGAAAUUGUCCGAUUUUUCUUGCAUUCGAAAUCAUUUGAUUUUCUUUGCAGAAUUUUCCCCAUUUCUUCUCAAAUUAUUUUCUUUUUCAAAAUGUGCUCGAUGAAAUGAUUUACUAUUUUUUUUGUGUUUGAAUCAAAUAUUUUGGAGAAAGUUUUUUUGAGCGAGAUAUGAAACGCAAAAGCAACAGUGAAUUCUGAUGAAAAAAAAUUAUAAGGAAGAAAAUUAGGAUAGAAAUGAAUGAGAAAGAGCGUAAAUUAUUUUAAUUAUUACAUAUAUAAGUCAAUUAAUUUAUUUUGUGCUAUUUUCAAAAUAUUUACUUUUUUUUACUAUUACUUUCUAAUCACAAUUUGUCUUUUUUCAUUUACAAAAAAAAAAUGCGAGAGAAAGGAAAUGAAUGGGAAAAAAAUCGAAAGAGAAUGAAUCAAUGUGAAUAUGAUUCUAUUAUUAUUAUUUUUUUCUAUAUAAAUAUUUAAAUGAAGAAAAAAAGAAACUAAAAUUUGGUAUCACCCAAUUGUGCCUUAUUUGAAUGAUUAGAAUUUUUGAAAGGGAGAAAAAACAAUAAAAAAUGGGAGAAUAACCUCUGUUUUAUGAGAAAGAAUUAUUUAUCCCAAUUUUUGUUGUUGAUUUUGCAACCAAUGUUCUCGUUUCUCUAAUGAAUGUAAUAAAGCUUUUUUGUCGUAAGUUUAUAGGACGCAGAGAUGAAAAAAGAACAAAAAUUUUAAGAAGAUAAAUGAAGAAAAAAAACAAUAAAUCAGAUAAUAAACCAUGAAGAUUUUUUUAUACUAUCAAAUUAUUUAUGUAAAUAGAAAAGGGAUUCCAGGUAUAUUAAAGAUUUAUAAUAUAGUAAUUUAAAAGAAAACAAAAAUCAGAGAAUAGUACGAUGAGACGGAAAAAAUUAAAAAAGAUACAAAUAAUUUUAUAUCUAAUAAUUAUGGUGAUGUUUUUUUUUUUAAAUAAUUUACACGAAAAAGAUGAAUAUGAAAAUAAUUAUUUUAUCUGUAUAAUGUAAUUUAUAUUAGUUUGUAGAAUUUUCCAUAUAAACACUUAUACUUUUUUCUUAAUUUUGACGUGUUUUAUUUUCCUCCUUCAACUCUUUUAUCUUUCUACUCUGAAUAAACGUUCGAAUGUAGAAUCUCAUUUUAGUGGAAAUUGCAUGAGUCGAAUGGGAAAUAUUGCAUUUGAUUGGAAUGUACAAAACAAUAUAGUUAUUGGGAAGUUAGGUGAAGAUUCUAGCAAACUGCUCGAAUUUUCAGGAUAAAAGCUUCGUAUUUGAAACAUAGUGCUUUAUAUGUCCAUCUCACUCAGACAAGCUUGAGUAAGAAGAGUUCAGAUAUAGCAACUGCCAAUAUGGCUAUCAAUAUGCACAGUUGGCAUAAAACAGAAGAAGAAGAAGGAGCUUUUUCUAGAACUCUUCCGGUUUAUCUAAUCUAACCUUUUUCUAGCAGUUUGCAUAAAUAUCCAAGAUAGAACUUUCAAAUACUACGAUAAAAAAACACAUAAGAAAAUGAAUAAUUUCUGUACCAUGGAGACAAUGCACAUUCUCCUAUUUUCCACAAGGAAAUUACCAGCAAAUUGUGGAAAAUUUCACCUUGAAUUCCGUGAAAUUCGAGUGGAAAUUUCCACAACUGCGAAUUCUCUUUUAAAUCAGAGUCAUCUGCUAAUGUUCGAAAAACUGCUACAAUACGUUCGAAUAUUAUAAAAAUUGGUAUUUCUAUCAAGAUCUCUACACGGGGAAAAAUUUACGAAGUCGUUUAGCAUUUUGAAGGCAUACAUAGCGUUUUACAGCCUGUGCAGAAGCCUUUUGAAGGAAUUCAUUAACCUUCCAAAUAUAGUUUUUUUUUUAAAUCCAUGUUUGCGUAUUUCUUAAAACUUUUAAAACACUAUAUUUGUCUCUUUCCUUUUCAAUAUGCGUCAUCUUAAUGUUCGACAAACUGCUAGAAAGCGUUUUAAUAUUUCUAAAAAUUGGUAUUGUCUAUCAAGGGCUCUAACAAAGUGAGAAAUUUACAACAUAUUUAGCACUUUGCAGACAUAUUUUACAACCUUUUUGAAGGAAUUCAAUAGUCGUCUAUGCUAAAAGUUUAGUAUUUUUUCUAAUAUUCAUUUUAAACAGAAACGACAGAUGAAAAUAGAGUUUAUUAAACUAUUUCCGAUAUUGAGAAAAACAAUUGUAUGUUAAAACUGUUAAAACGUAUACAUACCUGUUUCUUUUUCAAGUAGUUCUACUAAUAUUCAAAAACUGCUAGAAUGCGUUCUAAUAUCUUAAAUUGUAAUUUCAAUUAAGGUUUCUUCACAGUGAUAUAAAUAACGACAAAAUUAGCACUUUGAAGGAUAUCGUCUACACGGGUGUAUGUUAGAUCCAUCAAAAUGGUACAUUUUGACGUAAAUUUCAUACAGUAGUUUCCUUUAAAAAGUGAAUGGUUUAAUUUUGCCAAAAUGUUUGGAGGAAUGGAAUAGUCUUCCCUGAAAGUUUUCAUGUUAAAAAUUUAGUAUUCUUUUAUGAUUUAUUUUCGACUAAAGGGAUUUUGAGAAAUUUCUCGCUCUUUUAGACGGAAACUAAUAGUUUUUAACUCUUUCGCGUCCAUAGGGUCAUAUAUGACCCGGGGAAAAAAGUUUCUUUUUGGCUAUUUACAUUAAUUGAAAUCUAACUGGAGUCUUGAGAAAAUGAGCCAAGAAUCUUACAUCCUUCUAUUAUGAUGUCGUGCACAAACCGAUAGAUUUCAAUUAAUGUAAAUACCCAAAAAAAAACUUUUUCCCCGAGUCAUGACAUUACCCUAUGGACGCGAAAGAGUUAAACUAUUUCUAAUAUAUAAAAAACUUUCAUCAAUUGAACUUGUUUUUAUAACAAAUAAUAAAGAAGAAAACUGCAGCCACAUAAGCGCAAAGUGCGUUGACAUUAUUGGAAUCGCACUGUAGGUAUUUCUUUCUUUUCUAGUAACGUUAAUUUGUGUUUAGGAAAGUGUUUUGCUUUCACAUUGUCUUCUCUUAAUAAAAAAAGAGUCCAACUGGUCACACUAAUGUAAUGCUCAUAAUUCUAGCAGUUUUGAACCAAUGAUGUCUUGUUUGCAUUAAAAUCUUCUAGCAUACUUGCAUUUUUUUGGAAAUAUUUUUGCUAAUUUUAGUCUGUUUUUUCCGAUUUGUUGAUUCCGGUCUACUUUUGCAAAUUCGUUGCGAAAAUGUCAAAACUACUAGAAUUUGAGUUAUCCGAUGCAUAUUUGUUUGUACGUAUUUUUUAACUUUGCGGACGAUUUAGUUAUUGGGAUGUUAUGAGUAAAGUUAUAGUGCUCAUCAUUCUAGCAGUUUUGAAACAAAGGCGUCUUAUCUGCUGAACAAUUCCAGCAAUUUACUGGAAAUUAUCCAGAAAUAUUUUUACUAUUCAAUUUUUGAUUUCUAAUUUGCGAACGCUGAAGAUGUUUCCAGUAAAAAAUUGUGAUGCUUAUUAUUCCAGCAGUUUUGAGCCAACGGCGUUAUAUCUGCACAACAAUUCUAGCAAAUUAGAUUCAUUGUUUCGGAAAUAUUUUUAAUAUUGAUUUUUUAGUUUGCUUUCUAUUCUAUUGUCAAUUAUGUUUCAGUUUUACAAAAUACUUGCGAAAAAUGUCACAACACAAUUACUUGAAUUGAAGUUAUCCGAUGUAUCUUUGUACGCAGCUUUCAAUUUUGCGGAUGUUUAGCUAUAAAGAUGAAGCUAUCAGUAAAAUUGUAACGAUCGUCACUGUAGCAGUUUCGAACCAAAGGCAUUUUAUCUGAAUAAAACUUCUAACAAAUGUCAAAAAUAAUAUAAAUAGAGUUCUUUGAUACAUCUUUGUAGGUAUCUUUGAACUUUGUGGUCGUUUAUCUAUGAGAAUUAUAAGAGUAAAAUUGUGUACCGAUCAUUCUAGCAGUUUCAAUCCAACGGGUUUUUAUCUGCACAACCAUUUUAGCAAAUUAAAUUCACUGUUUCGGAAAUAUUUUUACUAUUGAUUUUUUAGACUGCUUUCUAUUCUAUUUUCAAUUCUAUAAAUUCAAUAAAACUUUUAACAAAUUAAUUGAUUUUUUCCGGAAAUAUUUUUACCAUUCAUUUUUUAGACUACUUUUCUAUUAUUAAUUCUGUUCUUUUUUGCGAAAUAGUUGUAAAAAUGUCGAAAGUAAUAGAAAUAGAAUUGUCUGAUACAUUUUUGUCCGUAAAUUUGAACUUUGUGGUCGUUUAUCUAUGAGAAUUUUAAGAGUAAAAUUGUCGUGUACCUAUCAUUCUAGCAGUUUCAAUCCAACGGUUUUUUAUCUGCACAAUAAUUUUAGCAAAUUAUUUGAAUUAUUCCGGAAAUUCUUUAAGUAAUUAACUUUGCGAAGUAGCUCUGAAAAUGUCAAAACUACUAGAAUUGGGGUUGCCCGAUGCAUCAAACCCUCAAUACCCUACAUUUUGUUCAUUCAUAUUUUGGGAUAUGUACUGUACAUUCGAUUUACGCAUUUUGAAGCAAUAUGAGAUACUACAGGCGAUUGUAAAAUUUUUCUAAUCAUAAAAAUUGGGAAAAAACAGUGAAUUUUUUGGCUGUGUUUUUCGUGUGUUUUUCGAAGCUCAAGAAGAAAUUGAAAUUAAACUGAGAUAAUUCCUCUUCUAUCUUUUUUUUUGUAUUUUAUUGCCACAAUAUUUUUUCCCAAUUCCUUCUUAUUGCCUUUUUAUGAUGCUUUAUGAGAGCUUGGAAGUGGCAUUUUCUGCGAGAAAAAAUUCUUGUUUCACAUUGUUUUGGAUGUUUAUUUCUUUCAAUAGUUCAAAGUUGAAUCAAAUUGAUUUUUUUGAAUGAAUAAAUCAUCGAAAAACAAUUGCGACUAAAGUGAAAAGAGGAAUUUUGUUGCAAAAAACUGUUCCAAAGUUCGCAAGAGCCUGUCUUCAAAUUCUUUAUGCUUUUUUCCGAGUAAGAACUUUAAUUAACUUCAAAGAAGAAGAAAUAUAUGGUAUUUCUGAAAUUAAUAGUGAAACAAAUAAGAAAAAGAGUUAUCGAAGGGGCCAUUAAUAUGCAAUUCGUAUGUGUUACAACAAGAAAAAAAAAGAAAAAAUAUAUAUUUAAAAAAAUAAGAUGAAAAUUGUAAAUUUUAAGUUUUUUCUUGUAUUUUUUUUCAAAAUGUACAUUCUUUUAAAUAUAUUCUAUAAUGCAAAGAUUUCAAUUUACACAUUAUUUAUGAUUUUUUUUUUAUUUAAGAAAUAUUCUAAUGAUAUACAAAAAAGAUAAUUUCGCCAAUUUUAUUUACAUUUUUUCUUUAUUCUUUUAUUUUCUAUUUGCUUUAAUUAUCAUGUUUUUUUUGUGUUUUAAUUGAAGAAAAAAUCUUUUGAAAGAUUCACUUUUCGAAUUGCAAUAUUCAAAGAAAAAAAUUAAUUUAGUGAAACAGUAAAUCAGGUAUAUGAGAAAUAUUAUAAAUAUUAUUGAAAAAUGAAUCAUUUUUAAUUAGAUGAAGUAAUAAAAAAAAAGACAAAUUUUAUUUUACAAGAGAUAAGUAAGAAAAUGAGAGAAAAAAUCAAAUGUCUUCCGUAAAGUGAAUUUGAUGAGAUGAAGAAAAAAUAUAAUUUAUAUUUUUUACUUUAAAAACAUUUUUGCUAGCUGCCUUUAAAAACAAAAUAAGAAGAAAUAGAAGAAAAUACGACGAUUUGGAAAUAAAAAGAAACAUUAAAUAUCUUUAAAAAAAACGGGAAAUAAAUUAUCGUUAGAGAAGAAAUUAAAGUGAAAUAAUUAUUAUUUAUUUUUUUCAACUAAUGACAAAUAUAAUUUAAUUAUUUUAUCAAUUCACCCUUUAUUUUACUAUUAAUUAUAUUUUUUAUUUAAAAAAAAACUGGCAUAUUGCAUAAUUUUUCUAUGGUGUUCAAAAAAUUGUCGCACAUGAACAAUUUAACAAAAAAAGAAGAUAGUAACAUAUUGAUUUUCUGCAUUACAUUUUAUCUCAAAGACUUUCCAUUCAACAUUCCAGGAUUUUUUUGACCAACCCUCCGUACGUUGAAAUAAAUUAAUAAAAAAAGAAAAGAAAAUAAUCCGAAAAUAUUUGGGAUAUUCCUUUUUUUCUUUUAUUUUUGAAUAAAAUGUGAGAAAAACAAUAUUUGGAAAUGCACUGAAAAAUACAACUUUAAAAAACCUGAAAUGUGUGACAAUUUUUUUUUAAUAUAAAAUCUUAUUUAUUUAUAUUUAAAAAAAGAAAUAUGAUAAAUUUAUUUUUUGUAUAUUUGUAUUUUGUAGUUUCUCCCUCUUCACACCUAUUUCCUGCAUAAAACUUUCUAUUUAUUUUUCUCUCACUCGUUUUUCACGUAGAGGGAAAAGAAAUUAUCAUUAAAGAAAAUUUGAUUUAAAAAAAUCCAUAUGCAUCGUUUUUUUUAAAUAUUCUAUUCAAAACAAAGUAAAAAAAAACAGCAAAUACGCAUAACUAUAUAUUAUCUGUAAUUUUUUUUAGAUGAUAAUAAUUAUUUUAUUAUUUAUAUGUCUGAAAGGAUGAGAAACAAUUUAUUUCUUAUUUUGUAAUAUCUUUUUUUAUACUAUUCUGCAAAAAAAUAAAAUUAUUUAGAAAGCAAAAAUACAGCAAGAAUAAGAGGAGUAAAUUUUUGUCCUAAAAAAAUAUUAUUAAAAAUAAAACACAAAAAACAAUUAUUUAAUAAUUUAUUUCGCAACACUUAUAUUACAACUUUUAUAAUGAUUGAUAUGAAAUAUAUGAAUGAAAGUGAGGAAAAAAAACAAAUAAUGAAAUAUUGAUGAUAUCUCAAAGAAAAAAAACCAACUGAUUUUUUAUUGAAAUAUUAUAUUCGCAAGAAAACUACACGAGAAAAUCGUAAAUAAAAAUUUAAUAAAAAGAAA